AUGUGGACCCGCUGGUGGCUCUGGCCCCUGGUGGCCGUCUGCACCGCGGACCAGUUUCUGGACCAGGCAGAGAGGAUUAUGGCGACCACACCUGUCAUUGACGGGCACAACGACCUGCCCUGGAGGCUGCUGACCAAGUUCAACAACCAGCUCCGGGAGAAGGGCGCCAACCUGAGCACCCUGGCCGGCACGCACACCAACAUCCCCAAGCUCAGGGCCGGCUUUGUGGGCGGCCAGUUCUGGUCCGCGUACACGCCCUGCGACACCCAAAACAAGGACGCGGUGAGGAGGACGCUGGAGCAGAUCGACGUCAUCCACCGCAUGUGCCAGAUGUACCCCGAGACCUUCCUGUGCGUCAGCAGCAGCCAAGGCAUCCGGCAGGCCUUCCAGGAGAAGAAGGUGGCCAGUCUGAUUGGCGUGGAGGGCGGCCAUUCCAUCGACAGCAGCCUGGGCGUCCUGCGGGCGCUCUACCACCUGGGCAUGCGGUACCUGACCCUCACGCACAGCUGCAACACGCCCUGGGCGGACAACUGGCUGGUGGACACCGGGGAGGACAAUGUCCAGAAUGGAGGUCUGUCAGAGGACUUCGGGGAGAGUGUGGUGCGGGAGCUGAACCGGCUGGGCGUCAUCAUCGACCUGGCCCACGUGUCCGUGGCCACCAUGAAGGCCGCCCUGAACCUGUCCAGCGCCCCCGUCAUCUUCAGCCACUCCUCCGCCUUCGCGCUGUGCAGGCACCGGCGGAACGUGCCGGACGACGUGCUGCAGCUGGUGAAGCAGACGGGCAGCCUGGUGAUGGUGAACUUCUACAAUGACUACGUCUCCUGCAAGAUGGAGGCCAACCUGUCGCAGGUGGCAGACCACCUGGACCACAUCAAGAAGGUGGCGGGCGCCGGGGCCGUGGGCUUCGGCGGCGACUACGACGGUGUUUCGAGGCUCCCCACGGGGCUGGAGGACGUGUCCAAGUACCCGAACCUAGUCGCCGAGCUGCUCCGGAGGCAGUGGACGGAGGCGGAGGUCAGGGGCGCCCUGGCCUACAACCUGCUGAGGGUCUUCGAGGCAGUGGAGCAGGCUAGCAACCACGCCCAGGACCCCGAGGAGAAGCCCAUCGAGCAGAGGGCCCUGGACAGUGCCUGCCGGACGAGCUAUGGCUACUCAGGGGCCCCCGGCCUCCGCCUCCAGCCCGCCGCCCUGCUGGCCUCCCUCACCCCCCUCCUCCUCGGCCUGCGUCUCCUGUGA